CUUUAUCUCGGUAUAGUCCAUCCAAGAUGGCGACCAGAGGGAGAGUGACGGUGAACCCCGACUUAGCAAAAGAGAGAGCAAAUGCUACAUUCGACGUCGACAACUUGACGAACUUCAUAAAUGGAGGUGUCGCGGCGACGAAAAGGAAGAGAUAUCUUCAGAAUCUUGCUAUCAAUGACCCAGAGCUCCAGGACAGAAAACCAUGGGCAUGUAUGACACGAGAGGAACAGUACGAGACAGCCCUGCGUAAACAUAUCCAUAUGAACAAGCGUAUGGAGGAGAUGGAUAUAACAGAGCAACGGGAUAAAAUGGAAUACUUGGGGACUGGUGCUAACCAUGAAAGCAGUCCCAUUGGUGUCCAUACCAGCAUGUUCCUUCCAACCCUUCAGAAACAGGGCACUGAGGACCAGAAAAGGCGCUAUCUUCCUCUCGCCGAGAAGCUGUCCAUCAUCGGAACCUACGCACAGACAGAACUCGGUCACGGAACUUUCAUUCGAGGACUGGAGACGACCGCGACCUAUGACCCCAAGUCACGAGAAUUUGUUCUCAAUUCGCCAACAUUAACAUCGAUGAAGUACUGGCCCGGCCACUUGGGUAAGACCGUCAACUUCUGUAUCCUGAUGGCCCAGCUUUACACCAACGGCAAAGGUCACGGCAUGCAUACCUUCCUGGUGCCCCUCAGAGACCUCGACACACAUCAGAGUCUGCCAGGAGUGGAGCUGGGUGAUAUUGGUCCUAAGUUUGGAUACAAUUCUAACGAUAAUGGGUACCUAAUCCUAAAGAACGUGCGGAUUCCCAGGGAAAAUAUGUUGAUGAGGUACUCUCAGGUUCUGGAGGAUGGGACGUACGUACGGCCAUCAAACGCCAGAAUAUCGUACGGAACGAUGACCCUGAUCAGGGUGGGGAUAGUGACGACUGUAUCACGGUGUCUAGCUCAGGCAUGCGUCAUAGCAGUCCGGUAUAGCGCUGUCCGUAGACAGACGGAAGUAUCUCCCGGCGGACCGGAAGCACAGAUUAUAGACUAUCAGACCCAGCAACACAAGUUAUUUCCUCUCAUUGCCACGUCUUUCGCGUUUUACUUCACCGGGUUAGAAAUCUACAAAAUAUAUAAUGUAGUCAACACAAGCGUGGAGGAGGGCAACCUGGACCAGAUUGGCGAUCUACAUGGAUUGUCGGCCGGCCUGAAGGCGUUCUCUAGCUCCAGCUGCUGUGCAGGUAUAGAGGUGUGUCGGCUAGCGUGUGGUGGACACGGGUACUCUCAUGCCAGCGGUAUACCAAAGAUCUACGUCAGCACUAUACCUACCUGUACAUUCGAGGGGGAGAACACCGUCCUUUACCUACAGACAGCCAGAUAUCUGAUGAAAUGUUUCACCAAGGUGCAGAGAGGAGAGAAACUGCCAGGAUUUGUUUCCUACCUGGGAACUGACUUGACUGCCAAGUCAACGCUGAAAUCGGACGUCGCCAUCGACUGUCUUGUACUGGCGUACGAGCACCGCGCGGCAAGGAUGAUUAAGGCGGCGGCCAUGAAUGUCCAAGAACUUGUGCAGCAAGGUCUCACUCAACAGCAGGCUUGGAACAAAACCACACAGCAAUUCGUCUGGGCGACUAUGGCCCAUUGUCAUGCCUACGUCGUAAAGACGUUCGCAAUGAGGAUAAGCAACAGUAACCUUGACGACAAGACGAAGAAAGUGAUGGUCGCCGUUUGUAAGUUGUAUGCUGUUCACGGCAUGCUGGAAAAUCUUGGCGAUUUUAUCCAGGACGGCUUCUUGACCGGAAGUCAGGUUGACGCAGUUACCCGGAAAAUGAUGUAUCUGCUGGAAGAGAUCCGACCUAACGCUGUAGCUUUGGUGGACUCGUUCGACUACCCAGAUAAGGCCCUUGACUCCUGCCUGGGUCGUUACGAUGGUGACGUGUACAAGGCGCUUUAUGAAUAUUCAAAAGCAUCACCCCUUAACAAGAAGGACGUGCUCGACUCCUACACUACCUACAUACAACCGUUACAAAGAAGUUCUGGUACAAGUUCUAUGGCAAAGCUCUAGAGAUGCUCACUAAUACAAUUUGUCAGUAAUGACUAGGAUCAACACUAAACAGACGAUAUAGCAUACAGUGGAUUUUAUGUGACGACGGAUUUGAUUGGUUGUCAAGGAAAUCAGUGAUUUGUUCAUCAGUUUGAUAGUUUUUUUUUUGUUUUAUUUAUUAUUUUGUUUGAUUUUUUGUUUUGUUUUGUUUUUGUUUUGUUUUUUUUGUUUUUUUUUUAAUUUCUUUUAAAAUGAAUUCGAUUCAUAAGUAUGGAGUGGUUAUGUAAUAAACACUUCAGUACGUGUUAUCACCAGGAAAUUGACGUUGACUCAUGAGAGCGAGAUCAUGGUCUGUACAUUACGUAUGGAAAUGGUAAGCGAAUCAUGUACAUAUCGGUGCAUAUUGUUAAAAUAAUUAGAAUAAAGGUGUUCUAGCCAACCAGAAACGACGAUUAACAAACUAGACCAUUUUGAUGUUACGUGAUGAAAAUAAACAGAGUGAUUACCAAAUGGAA